AUGGCGGACACCGCGAAUAAACCUACCGUCAGCAGCGGUGAUGCCGCGACCUCUUCUGCGACUCCUUCGAAUCCUCCACGAACAAACAAAAACUCGGCCUCUAAGAAUAAGCAGGCUUUGAACAAGCUCUACGCACUGCCCGCUCCCCUCCGCACAUUUCCUAUUCCUAGCUUUGUACCUCAAAAUCCUAUAUCUCUGUUUCACGUGCUCUAUGCUUGGGUAUCGCAAGCAUUGAGUUUGAAGUCCUCAGCUUUCGAUCCAUUAUACCAAGGCUGGUUUUCACCCGAAACUCGUUCAAUUCAUGUUACGGAUGCCCGCUCCAUCCGUGGGUUGUGGGAGCAAGGUUUCUACGGAAAAGGUAAUUUGAGUCGCAGUGAACCAAAUUGGUUAAAGGGAGAAAAAGACAAAAGAGCCACUGGGAAAGGCAAGGCCAGAACUAGUGAAGAAAAUACAUUGCGACGGCGAGCAGAGCGGCAACAAGUUAAAUGGGAGAGAGCAAGGUUGCAAAAGGAGGCCAUUGAUCAAAAGAUUUUUGAAGAGGCUACUGCCAAUAGUUCACAUAUAGUCGUCAAUGGAAAUUCUUUGCCGUUGGAGGCUGCUUCCGAACCUGCCGAGAAAAGCAGCCUGCUGGCUUUGAAUUUGCGUGAUGAGCCUGUAUCGAUUUCCCAGAUUCCACAUCUCCCACCUCCUGUUGGACCACUAGAGCUGCUUCGUCUUCCGAAUUCUGACACGGAAAGCGUUCAUGGGAUUUUCAACUUUAUGCACCAAAAACCACCGCUGCAAGAUGAAUUCGUUUUCCCAAACUUAGCGCCACUGAAAAUUCCACCAAGGUUAUUUCCCUCUCCAGUUGGUCCACUUGAACUCUUGGCCUUGCCCAACUCGAUCGAUCCACUGUCACCUGUCGACGUCGAAAGUAUCGAAAGCGUCUCAUCCUUUGAGGAGAAACCAGGAUAUAUUUCUCCCACCGAAUCCCCAGAUGAGGACUUGAUCGUCCACGAUUCGAAGAUAAAUGGUGGCGGAUUGGCCCAUGCUUCCCCAAAUGGUCACGCGAAGUCUAACGUCGUAUGCCGACCACAAGAUGUGGAAGAAGAAGUCGAUCACCCCGCGAAAAAGCUGCAAGAGCCUAUCAACGGCGUUGCUGCACUCCCUCCGUCUCCAAAAAUCAAACGCCAGAAGAGUGUGAGAUUUUCACCUACGAUUGAGCACAACACAUUCAUAAAGUCAGAGCCUCCGAGUCCAGUACGCAAAGUAGAAGCGGCAAGCUCUACUUCUAUAGUCGAAACAAUACCGGCAUUAGCGGAGGAACUCGUUGAGAUAAAGGAUCAAGAACAUACACAAUUAUCACUCGAAGAAGCGUUCUUUCUAUCAUAUGGGAUGGGCGCAUUGCACAUCCUUGACCCCGAGUCAAAGACUCCUAUUCCAAACAAUCGACUUUUCGAUCUCUUCCGUCGCACAUCAUACUUUCCUCCCCGGUCCGAUGCUGCUACUCUCGCGCCUGACGAUCCUUUCAUGUUAAAUUACGUUGUAUAUCACCAUUUCCGUUCUCUCGGAUGGGUUGUUCGUUCCGGCAUAAAGUUUGCCGUUGACUAUAUGCUUUAUGUUCGUGGUCCUGUCUUCAAUCACGCUGAGUUCGCGGUAGUUAUCCUUCCAUCUUACAGCGAUUCAUUUUACGAUAACGAUACUGCGGCUAAGGCUAAAGAGCGAAAGACAUGGGCGUGGAUGAGCUGUGUGAAUAGGGUUAUCACACAAGUGAGGAAGACUCUUCUUCUUGUUUAUGUCGAUAUACCUAAGCCUCUUGAAGCGGAAGAGGAAUUAAAACUUGGCAUUGAUGGGGUUUUGGCUCGGUAUAAAGUCAGGGAAGUUGUGAUGAAUCGGUGGGUCUCGAAUCGACAGCGAAAAUGA